GAGAAACAGGGACCUUCUUCUCCGGCCACUUCCUGGGUCCCCCGCUGCGCCGUCAGGAGAGAGCAGAUGCCGUCUUCUCAAGGCGCACGUCGGGCGGGUGCCGCUCACGAUGACCUCGCCCCCGGCCGCUCAGGUCGCCCUCGCAGUCGCUUUAGUAGCAGCUGCCCCCUGCUCCCUCGCCGAUCUUUACUAAUUAAAGCACAAGGAAGGCGCGAGUACUCGAGCAGCCACACAAAUCACCACCAAGAAGGGCGAAAAUGCCCGGAGAAGCCGGCAAGCUCGAGCUCGGCAGAGCUUUGGAACCGGUCGUCCUCGCCCUCCCACGCCCCUCGCCUCCGACUUCUCUAAUUUAACCCCACCGGGCCUCCCCGAUUUUCCCUGACCUCAUCCCCCCUUAACCUCCCCUCCUCCUGCGAUUCCACUCGCAUCCUUUCCUUCAGGAGGAGAAGGUCCAAGGGGGGAUCGGCUCCAUUGCGGGUGAUUCAAUUUUCUCUUUGCGGUUUGCUUUUGCCAUUUCUUGGUUCUUGAGGUCAAAUAGAGCCCGCGUCCUCUUCUCCCUAAAGGUGCUGCUGCCUUUCUUGGCUUCUUGGUUGGGUUCCGGCUGCUGGUGCGUUCUUGAUUGACUUGGAAGAUGAUCAAGUGGGGUAUCAGCAGCGGGACGCCCGCGGAUUCGUACUACGAGGUCCGGUCAGAUUGCACGGAUGAUGUGCCCAAGAGCAAGUUCAAGAUCAAGGCUGGCAAAACACUAAGUGUUCGGAAAUGGCAGGCUGCAUUUAACCCAGAUGGCAUCCUUGACAUUGCCUCAGUCCUAAGCCGGAUACAAAAAGGAGGUGUUCAUCCGACAGUUAGGGGAGAGGUUUGGGAGUUCUUACUUGGCUGUUUUGAUCCAAGGAGUACCUUUGAUGAGAGGGAGGAGAUCAGGGAAAUAAGAAGACUACAAUAUGCUAGAUGGAAGGAAGAAUGCCGAGAGAUGGAUUCUCAUGUUGGUAGUGGUAAAGUUAUCACAGCGCCACUUAUCACUGAGGAUGGAAGACCAAUUAAAGAUCCUUUGGUUUUACUUGAGGCUACUGCAAACCAAAACACUUCAGACGCUGCUUCAACAAGCAGCAACAGUGGAAACAAUGUAGAUGAUUCUGCAGAUCGAAUUACUGACAAGCAGAUUAUUGACUGGAAGCUUACGUUACAUCAAAUUGGACUUGACGUGCUACGUACUGACCGCACCAUGGUAUUUUAUGAGAACAAAGAAAAUCUUUCCAAGUUAUGGGAUAUUCUAGCCGUGUAUGCAUGGAUUGACAAAGAUGUUGGUUACUGUCAAGGAAUGAGUGAUUUAUGUUCACCAAUGAUAGUGUUACUCAACGAUGAAGCGGAUGCAUUCUGGUGCUUUGAGAAAUUGAUGCGUAGACUGCGAGGAAAUUUCAGAUGCACGGAUCAAUCAGUUGGGGUAGCUAACCAGCUUCAGCACCUUGCAUCUAUUAUUCAGGUGCUAGACCCAAAGCUACAUGACCACCUAGAAACGCUUGGUGGAGGUGACUAUCUGUUUGCAUUCCGUAUGUUCAUGGUAUUAUUUCGACGUGAAGUGUCAUUUGGGGACUCCUUGUACCUCUGGGAGAUGAUGUGGGCUCUAGAAUACGAUCCCGAUAUCUUCUUUGCAGCAUGUGAGGAAGCAAGUGGUGCACAAAAAAAGGUAUCCAAAUCGAAAUUAAAAGGAGUACGCCACUUUGCCAAGUGGGAUAAGGAUAAGGAUACAAAGAAUGUCUCUGAAGAUGGUGAUGGUCCUGUUCCAAUUUCUGUUUUCAUGGUUGCAAGUGUGCUCAAGGAAAAGAGAGAAAAGCUAUUACAAGAAGCUAGAGGGCUGGAUGAUCUUAUUAGGAUAUUGAAUGAUGUAAAUGGGAAUUUAGAUGCGAAAAAAGCUUGUGCUGGAGCUCUGAAACUUCACAAGAAAUACCUCAAAAAGGUACAGGCAAAGAAAACCUAAACUGCACUAGAACAUACGCUUCCACUGGGUGAUUCUUUCCCAUUCGAACAUACACAUCCAUGUCCAUAUUUGCCACAAAAAUGGUGAGUGAAGCUUCUCAAGUUCUCAUGGAUCGUCAUCAUCUGAAGAUGGCCUCCAGUACGUACAGGAUGAAUGCAACCGCUGUAUGUAAUGACAUCGCGUUCUCUGUAUCACUCCAUGAGCACAUUUGCUUGUAAAGAUAGUUGACGGUGUGCCGGUGUGGGUAUAGCUUAUCCCUUGCAUGCGUACGUAAUAGUUUCAGUUCAAAGAUGAAAUGCGCGCUGCAUAUUAUGGUUCUCACCUGCCAAGCAUAUUGUAUACUCCCUGAACUCCGCGUCAAGAAAAUUUUGCCCCCUUUACUCCUCAAAAUUUUGGUCCAUCUCUUCUGAAUGAUGCCAAAUUGUAUUGAUUGA